AUGGAAUUGGAUAGAAUCGCUACUGGUGAAGCUUUGAGAAAAAGAAAUAUUCAGGUGGGAGAUUCCUUGUGUCGGAUGUGUGGUUCGGACGAAGAAUCUGUUUAUCAUCUGUUCAUCGCGUGCUGUAAGAUCCCUAGUAUCUUUGCUUUCUCGAUAAAGGAUCCGCUGGAUGUUCAUAUGACCAUUAGCGGGUCGGAGAAAAAGAAGAUGGCGGUUCAAGGCGUUAUCAGGAUAGCGUGUUGGAUCUUGUGGAGAGCUAGAAAUAAUUUGUUAUUUUCUGAUAAACCCGUCAGAAUAGAUAGUAUCGUUAGCGAGAUCAAGGCUUUGGGAUUCCUUUAG